AUGUAUUAAUGGAACUUCAUGUUCUACAUGUACUAAUGUGCUUUAUGUGAAAAAUGUAAUGAUAAUUGCAAAACCUGUGAAAAUGGAAUAGUUGACAAUUAAUGCACUUCAUGUAAAAACUCUAUGGUUCUUUUAAAAACUAAGCAAUGUACCGAUGCCAAUGCCGAUGUAGAUGUAGAUGUCGAUGUCGAUGUCGAUGUAGAUGUAGAUGUCGAUGUAGAUGUUGAUGUAGAUUUCUGA